ACUGAAUAGGUUAUAUAACUUAUAUGGUGAAGGGGUGGGGGCAAGUGGUAACCAAGGGCAACAACCCCUGAACCUCGAGCUGAAAAGGACGUAAAUUAUUAAUGUGCGGGAUGGAGGUGAGCAUGAAGUGUAGCCCUGAAUUUGGCCCAGACCGGACUUCGGAGUGCCAGAGUGUGUGCGUUUAGUGCUUUGGUGUGUUUGUAUUCAAUUGACAGCACUUGGGAGUGUCAACGAGUGAAAGCUGCGCGGGCAUCGUGUGUUGUGUGAAUGGCGGAUGACUAGGCUAGGCUCCGUACAAAAAUCGGUCACCUGUUCGCACGGCAGACUUUACCCAGUGAGGAAGUGUGUACGGAAAUUCAGUAACAGGCAGCUGGCAAGCGAAUCUAACAGCGGAACGGGGGCGCCUCGAGCUGUCAAGUGCGAGCCGAUCGCUGAAGCGCGCCAGGGUUAUAGGCUAGAUUCCCACUGAUACUGCUGCUGCCAUGGAGAGGAGGGAGUAUCCAGUCGGCGAAGUCCUCAUCAUUCCAAUGACGUCGACUUCACCUUCACCCCAGGACUCAGCUCGACCCCAAGCCCUUCCCCUCCAGCCCUCUUCCCCUCCUGUCUCCUCCCCUCCACCCCCCCAUUCUCUGUCUAAUCCCCAGCUCCAGGCUGAGUUUCUGAGGAGAGCUCCCAGAGCUGCCUCCCCUGACAAGGACUCGGCUAGAUCCCAAAUCCUUCCCCUCCAGCCCUCUCCCCCCACCUCUGUGGCCCCCCGCUCCUCCCUUCCUCCCCCUCUUUCCUCCCCUCCUCCACCCCUCUGUCUGUCCAGUCCCCAGCUCCAGGCGGAGUUUCUGAGGAGAGCUAGCCGUGGUCUCAGAACUGUCUCCUGCGACACCGACGAUGUCCUCACCUCCCCCAGCUCCCCCCUGGUUUCACCCUUUACCUCCACCACCACCUCCCCCCUUACCUCCCCACCUCAAGCUCUCUCCCCCACCUCCCCCUUUAGCUCUCCACCACAGCCCCUCUCCCCCUCCACGCCCACUACAGAGGGUCGCGCUACUCGCCUGUCUCUUUCCAGUCCUGAGCUGCUGACAGAGCUGCGUCGGUCUCAGUCCCGUCCUAUGAAGCACGUCUCCAUCUCUAAAGGACUCACCACUGUCUUCUGUGGACGGGGCAGGGGCGUAACGGUAAGACUUCUAGCUCUGCCCCUGCCUCAGGAGCAACCAACCAGACACUCCGCUCAGACUCCACGGCCAAUGAAAGAAGACAGGCGGGUCCCAGGCUGUCCAAUGGGACAUAGCGUUAGACUAAGUUAAAGUGCCUCUGAGGAAACCAGCUGCUGUAUAGUGUCAAUGUUAUUGAUAUUAAUGAAAACCAGUAGUACUGUGGCCUGAAUAUGAUACAUGAUCAAACACUAUCUAUACUGCCAUGUGCCAACAAUAAACACAAUGCAAACUAACCGACAGACGAACACACUGUAGCUCUUCAUGUAAGACAUGGAGAGCAAUGUGUUGAGCUGAGGCAUGCCUCUCUCUUGAAAAAUAAAUGAUAAAAUGUAUCAUAA